AUGUCCGCCUUUGCACCCGAAGACCCCGAUGCUCACGACUCCUACAUGGAGGCUGACCCCGCGACCUCCACCACUCCGAUCCCCCAGUCAAUGGACGCCGACACAGACACCUCGCACGGCCGAGGCCACUCAAGCAAUCCUCUCUUGGGCGACAAUCCCCUCGUGUCAGAUCUAGAGCAAGAAGUGCUGGAUGAAUAUGCUCGAUUGGUGCGCAAUGUGAAUCAGCUCUCCGAUAAACUCGCCGACCUGGCUGGUUCCCCCGCGUCCAUGCCACUGGAUGGCCUCCGUCUUCUCGAGCGCAAGACUGCCACUGUUUGCACUUUGCUGAAGGCCAGUGUGUACAGCAUUGUUCUUCAACAGCAGAUCUGGAAUGAAAACGAAGAGCAGCAGCAACAGCAGAACGAGGACCAACAUUUCCAGGACCAAGAUUAUCAAUAUGGGGGUUAUGGCGGGGAGGGGGAUAUGACGUUCCAAUAG